GGGCCCCCGGAUGCUGCAGCUGGCUUCGACACGGAACACACUAAAACGUUGCCUUGAGUGGUUCGUAGCAGACCGAAAAUAUCAGCUGGUACACUCCCAACACUUUAUUUGCGGCGCAGUUUCAGCGUUUGCGAUACUUUUGCGCAAGUGAGUCACUUUGGAACCUGGGCGACAACGAAGUGUGCUCAUCUCCUUCGGCCUGCCACGAAGUUUCAUUGUAGGGGCAAUACAGUGCUUUCUGUUUCUUAUUCCCGAGGAACGCGGCUUCACCAGAGAGUGACGAUGCUGCCCGCAUUUGUCACACUACUUGUAUUCUUGGCGUCUCUUCUGUUUUGGUGGGUCCGAAGGAAGUACACAUUCUGGAACGACAAAGGCAUUGCAUACCUUACAUUCUGGCAGUAUCUGCGGUUUUGCAUCGACCUCUACACUAAGCCCAUGAGCAGUGUGAUAAUAAGCAGCUACAAGCGGUAUGGUCGACUGUAUGGUUCUUACCAGGGCGCUACGCCAACACUUGUCGUCGCCGAACCUGAGAUUCUACGCGAGAUCCUGGUGUCCAAGUUCAAGAACUUUUCGGACAGAUCGGAAUCGCAACGUGUCAGCAGCGAAGUAUGGCGCAAGUCCAUCAUGAACUUGUCCGGUGAGGAGUGGAAGAAAGCCCGGAACAUCUUCACACCGUCACUGACCACUACACGGCUCAAGACGCUUUCGCUGAAAAUCAAAUCCAUAGCUGAAAGAACAGCGUCUCGGGUUGCGGAGGCGGCUGCGCAGAACAAACUUGUCAACAUCACUGAGCUCAUUGACCAUGCAUGUCUCGACACCACGGCUGCUCUGAACUACAGCGUUGACCUUGACAGCGAGAACAACAAGGACCAUCCGUUGAUGAAGUGCCUGGGAGCCUUAUUUGCCAACGCGGCUGGUUGGAAAUACUUGAUGAUGUUCAUGAUGCCUGGUGUGUACAAGAUGUUGGAGCCAAACUACCCACCGAAGUCAAGCAGCGACCUCUUUAAAGCCUUCGUUUCACACCACAUGGAAAAGCGGAAGGCCAACAACAUGAAAGAAGACGACUUCCUUCAAGUGUUUAUGGAUGCUGACUAUGACUGGGAGGUCAGCGCUGACGAGAAAAAAGACGACGGAGAAAAGAAACAGAUGACACUGGAUGAGAUAACAGCCCAGGGAAUACUGUUCUUCCUCGCCGGAGCGGAGAGUGUGGCGACGGCUCUUAUCUUCACUAUAUACUACGUGGCACUUCACCCGGAAUACCAGAACAGCGUCAUCGCCGAAGUCGACAAGGCUGCAGGUCCGAAGGGUGACCUUACAUACGAGUCACUGCAAGAAAUGCCCUUCCUCGAGGCAUGCAUCAAGGAGGCGAUGCGCCUCACCGCAACGGAAUCAGUAAUUUUGCGUCACUGUACAGAAGAAACCACCGUGGCCAACAUAAACUUCAAGCCAGGCAUGUGCGUGGAUAUUCCUUCGGCUGGUAUUCAUCGCGAUCCUGAAUAUUUUCCUGAGCCGGACAAGUUCAAUCCAGAAAGAUUCCUACCGGAAAACAAGGACAGCAUAAAGCCGUUCACGUACAUGCCUUUCGGUUAUGGACCCCGCAGCUGCGUAGGCAUGCGACUCGGCAUGUUGCAGGUCAAGACAGCCGUCGCGUGCCUCCUUCGGCGCGUGGAACUUGAAGCUUGCUCCGAAACUAUGAACCCCGCCAAGUUCAAGCCAAGGCAACUCCUUCAAGUCACCGACGGGCCGAUUGUUCUCCGGGCCAUUCUGCGCAAAACGCCGACGAGCUGAGUUGCGCGCCAGUAGCGUAGAGGCUUCUUUUAGAAUUGGAGAUGGCAGCUUCGCACACUAUAAGAAAAAUAAAAGUGGCUUCGGUUUUCAGAGUUCUUAAGCUA